UUCCUGGCCAGUUCCAUCUGAGCCCGUUCCUUGAGAUGUUCUCGAAUGCUUGGAGAGCAUCCCCGUGCCAAACCUGUUGGCUCCCUGACAUCCUCACCAUGAGAGCCUCUUGGGACUGGUGUUUUCCCAUCUAAAGUGGGAGUAGAGAAGAGCUUGGAUGUGAUCUAUGGUCCUGCUGCCAAGGAACAGAAACAGAGGAGCGCUUGAAGCGCAGUCAGAAGAACGCCAAGGUGGAGGGCACAGAGCCAGUGCCUGCUGAGGCCUCACUGAGUGCCGAGCAGGGAACGAUGACGGAGGUGAAGGUGAAAACGGAGCUACCGGAUGACUACGUCCAGGAGGUCAUCUGGCGGGGCGAGGCCAAGGAGGAGAAGAAGGCGGUCAGCAAGGAUGGAACUGGGGAUGUGCCUGCCGAGAUCUGUGUGGUGAUUGGCGGCGUCCGCAACCAGCAGACCCUGGAUGGAAAAGCUUCAGAAGGCAGCCCCCACGGUGGAUCUGUUCGGAGCCGGUAUUCAGGGACCUGGAUUUUUGACCAAGCUUUGAGAUAUGCAUCUGGGUCCUAUGAAUGUGGCAUCUGCGGCAAGAAGUACAAGUACUACAACUGCUUCCAGACCCACGUGCGGGCACACCGAGAUACCGAAGCCGCCUCAGGGGAGGGAGCCUCCCAGAGCAACAAUUUCAGGUACACAUGUGACAUUUGUGGAAAGAAAUACAAAUACUACAGCUGCUUCCAGGAGCACCGAGAUCUUCAUGCUGUGGAUGUGUUCAGUGUGGAAGGGGCUCCCGAGAAUCGGGCAGACCCCUUUGACCAAGGUGUCGUGGCCACGGAUGAGGUGAAGGAGGAGCCUCCGGAGCCUUUCCAGAAAAUUGGACCAAAAACCGGCAAUUACACCUGUGAGUUCUGUGGGAAGCAGUACAAGUACUACACGCCCUACCAGGAGCACGUGGCCUUACACGCCCCCAUCAGUACCGCCCCUGGGUGGGAGCCACCGGAAGAUCCAGACACGGGUUCUGAGUGUUCCCAUCCAGAGGUCACCCCGUCUCCACGCUUCGUGGCAACGAAGACCCAGACGAACCAGUCCGGGAAAAAAGCUCCAGCCUCCGUGGUCCGAUGCACCACCCUCUUACACCGAACCCCUCCAGCUACCCAAACUCAGACGUUCCGAACUCCAAACUCCGGAUCUCCAGCAAGCAAGGCAACUGCAGAAAGCACCUUCAGCCGGCGAGUGGAAGGCAAAGCACAGAACCACUUUGAAGAGACCAAUAGCAACUCACAGAAUUCCAGCGAGCCCUACACAUGCGGCGCCUGUGGCAUCCAGUUCCAGUUCUACAGCAACCUCCUGGAGCACAUGCAGUCACACGCAGCUGACAACGAAAACAACGUCACCUCCAACCAGUCCCGAUCUCCACCUGCUGCCGUGGAGGAAAAGUGGAAGCCGCAGGCCCAGAGGAACAGCGCCAACAACACCACAGCCAGUGGUUUGACACCCAACAGUGUAAUACCCGAGAAGGAGCGGCAGAACAUUGCGGAACGGCUACUGCGGGUCAUGUGCGCCGACCUGGGUGCCCUGAGCGUGGUCAGUGGGAAGGAGUUCCUCAAGUUGGCGCAAACCCUGGUAGACAGCGGCGCCCGCUACGGGGCCUUCUCAGUCACCGAGAUCCUGGGCAACUUCAACACGCUAGCACUGAAGCACCUGCCCCGCAUGUACAACCAGGUGAAGGUGAAGGUGACGUGUGCCCUGGGCAGCAAUGCCUGCCUGGGCAUCGGCGUCACUUGCCACUCCCAGAGUGUGGGCCCCGACUCCUGCUACAUCCUCACAGCCUACCAGGCCGAGGGCAACCACAUCAAGAGUUACGUGCUAGGUGUGAAGGGUGCGGACAUCCGUGACAGCGGUGACCUGGUGCAUCACUGGGUGCAGAACGUGCUGUCAGAGUUUGUGAUGUCGGAGAUCCGGACCGUGUAUGUAACGGACUGCCGGGUGAGCACGUCCGCCUUCUCCAAGGCUGGCAUGUGCCUCCGCUGCUCAGCCUGUGCCUUGAACUCGGUGGUGCAGAGUGUGCUGAGCAAGCGAACACUGCAGGCCCGCAGCAUGCAUGAGGUCAUCGAGCUGCUCAAUGUGUGUGAGGACCUAGCAGGCUCUACGGGCCUGGCCAAGGAGACCUUCGGCUCUCUGGAGGAGACGUCACCCCCACCCUGCUGGAACUCAGUGACAGACUCGCUGCUCCUGGUGCACGAGCGCUAUGAGCAGAUCUGUGAGUUCUACAGCCGUGCCAAGAAAAUGAACCUCAUUCAGAGCCUCAACAAGCACUUGCUGAGCAACCUGGCCGCCAUCCUGACACCUGUGAAGCAGGCGGUCAUCGAGCUCAGCAACGAGAGCCAGCCCACCCUGCAGCUGGUGCUGCCCACCUAUGUCCGGCUAGAGAAGCUGUUCACAGCCAAAGCCAACGACGCAGGCACUGUCAGCAAACUGUGCCAUCUCUUUCUAGAAGCACUCAAGGAGAACUUCAAGGUGCACCCAGCCCACAAGGUGGCCAUGAUCCUGGAUCCUCAGCAGAAACUGCGGCCGGUGCCCCCCUACCAGCAUGAGGAGAUCAUCAGCAAGGUGUGUGAGCUCAUCAAUGAGGUGAAGGAGUCCUGGGCUGAGGAGGCUGACUUUGAGCCUGCCGCCAAGAAGGCACGCUCAGCCACUGGGGAGCACCCGGCAGCUCAGGAGGAUGACCGGCUGGGCAAGAACGAAGUGUAUGACUACCUUCAGGAGCCCCUCUUCCAAGCUACUCCCGACCUCUUCCAGUACUGGUCGUGCGUGACCCAAAAGCACACGAAACUCGCCAAGCUCGCCUUCUGGCUCCUGGCUGUUCCUGCUGUGGGGGCUCGAAGCGGGUGUGUAAAUAUGUGUGAACAAGCACUUCUGAUCAAAAGGAGGCGACUGCUUAGUCCAGAAGACAUGAACAAGCUCAUGUUUUUGAAAUCCAACAUGCUUUAAGACUCAACUUUGGGGAAAAACAAAAAAGACAAAAAGAAGAAAGACGUUAGGAAAACACACACACAACACUGUCACAAAGAAAUUUAAGUUCUAAACACUGUGGAACCUCAUUGUAAAUGCCCCCUGGAAACUUAAGUGCUUUUUUUUCAGUGUGUGUGUGUGUGUGUGUGAGUGUGUGUGCACAUGUGUCCACACCCACACAUGUGACAUUAUAUGGGUAAAGGGUAUGCGGAGCUCAUGCUUGAAUGCACAUCCAGAGAAGCUCCACAAGUGCACAUGCACUCACACAUGCGUGCAUACACACACACAGUUACACACAAACCUGGUGCAAGUAUGCAUGCCCGUCCUCAGGCGUGUGUGCAUUGAGCUGGGUGUGUCAGGAAAGCCGAGAGACUGGGAAAGCGGGAUGGUUUCACUUUCCUCGGGCAGGGGCUCUAAGGACUCCGUUUUCAGGUGUGCAGAGUGAGAGAAGCUGAGAUUGUAAAAUACUCAGGCAGCUGAGGGCUGAAGUGGCUGGAACUCCCAAUCCCAACCCCAGCCCUUCCUUUCCAUCCUCCAUCCCUUCAAGCCACGGUGCCCAUGCUCUGCCCCAGCUGCUCUGACAGAUUCUCCAAACUGCAUCAGAUGGACAGUUUCUGCACUGGACUUAGUUUCUUGUUUCACCUUCAGGGCAUUAAGCUGCUGUACCUGUGACCUCCCUCUCGGAUGUCUGGGGCAGCUGCCUUAGAAUACACACUAUCUAUCUCCCCAGAUCAGGAAAGGAGACUUUAAAAUAUAAAGCUGAUGUUUUACUUUUUAAUAUAAGAGAGAGAAAAAAAGACAUCUUUUUGCAGAGAUGUAUAGCUGACUCUACACUCAAGGUUUCUUUGGGUUUGUUUGUUUGUUUGUUGUUUGUCACUCCAAUGCUUUAGCAACCUUUUAUCUUUUGGGGGAUUCAGCUUCUUUUCACAUUUGGUUUAGGCUCUCCUGGGAGGCACUGAAUGUGUAACUUAUGUUCUGGAGUUUUGUUUCGUUUUACUUGUCCUUUUUGUUCUCAAGUCACACUGUAAACUAGCUCAUCUCAGUGGCCGUGUUCAGGACUCACACAACAAAGACCAAGGACGUGGCUGUGUGUCUGGAGUAGGGAGUUGAGAGGAGUCGUGGUUCCUUGGCUGUGAGGUAUGGUGGAAGCCAUGGUGGGCAGCAUGUGGCUUUAGGGGUCCUGAAUGUCAACGAGAGAGCCGCUGCCUGGCCCCUGCCUGUGGAAGUGUGAAUGUCCACCUUCAGAGUCCUUCAUACUGCUCACCACGUCUGACCCCCAGCUCUGCAGGGACUGUGACCUACCCCACAUUUGUGUCUGCCAGAACCACAGUCUCCCUCCCUUCCUCCCUCCCCAGACCUCAGGGCUUCUGGGAGUUUAUAGCCCUCAGAGGUCCCCACAGGCACCUCAGACCUGCAGUCAGGGCCGUGGUGGGACACGGCGUGUUGCUGUUCAAUGGGUGACAUCCUGUGGGUGGAUGUGUUUGACUCAAUGCUGUGAAAGGGAUUGUUAGCCCUUGCUUCUGAUCCCCCUGGCCAGGAGCUAGUGCUUCUCCACACAGUCCAAAUGCCAAGAGGGGACCCCAUUCUCUUCACGGGAUGAUGAGCAUAGCCACCCCAUAAAUAAAGACCUCGGUGUCCCUGAUCCUCCGGUGACCGCAACUGUGGGAUGGAGAGGCGUACACAUCAGACUAAGGAUGGCCACCUCUGUGGGCUACUUGCAAAAGCACCUCUACAUCCUGGGCUUGGACUGCCCCCCCUUCCCCAACUGAAAGAUACCUCGACUUCAGAAGCACUGUACCCACAGCUCUGGCCCCAGGUGCCCCCGCAGGAGGGGCGUGAAGAUGGGUUUAAAGACUCGAAGGCUCCCGGUUGUGCUCCAGGUCCCAGAGCACUGUCCUUGAGGAUUCAGCCUGGAGUCUGCCUCACACACAAGACUAGAUGAGCUCUCCCACAGAGUCAGAUAUACAAACAGACCGGAGAAGGCUGUUUCCACAUUCGCUCUGGCAAGCUAUGUUCUCAGGAACCACCGUACAUAACAGUCUACUCCAGGGAAAGUUCUAGGUGAUUUCAUCACAAUGUCUUCAACUUGGGUCUAACCAUCAGAGAAACCUCUGCCCACAGUGGAGAAAUCCAGACUAGAGCUGAAGAAUGUAGGAGUGUCUUCAGACUGCCAGGGGCCAUUCCAGGAGGUGGGCUCUGGAUAGCUAAUGAUGGAUGCCUCCAGUCUCUCUCAGCUGUUGGGAAAGGGGCCACACCUGGCACUUGUAGCCACACUGGAAGCUUAUUAGUCAGUGAGAACAGAGCCUCAGGCAGAGCUGCUGUUAUUUGCUAAUCGUCAGCCAUGCCCAGAUGUGCAUUUCAGGCAUUCUUUUCGGAACAUGGAGCAUUCGCCCUCCAGAAAAAAAAAUUUAGUGUUAAACUCCAGGCGUCUGGUCAUAGGUCAUCACCUCCUACCAAGUUCACUGGCACCUUGAAUCUACCCUUGGGCUUAGAUAGCCUCUGUAGGUUCAAUGCGAGUCCCGCUUAGUCCUCAGAAACCUGUCUCUCAGGCUGCCUCAUUCUCAAGGAUUACUAGGUGGCAGGCUGUCAAUCAUUUCUUACUAGUGUCACCAACCUGAAAGACUGUGCCCGGUGUCCACUGUUUUGUGGGCCAUCUCACAGCGCACAUCCUGCAACACAUAGCUCAAUAAAUCCCAAAGAUCUCCCAGGUGCAGCCGCAGGCCCCAUCAGCAGCAGUAUCCACCUUACCAAAUUCUAGUUCAGCCAAAGCACUAAGAUAGGCUCUUCCAGUUCAUCUCCAAUGGCCUGGGCUGGCCUUGACCUUCAGAAUGGUUUCGUCAUCUGCCUCCUGAUUCAUAGGCUUGUGGAGGCUGGGAGACCAGGAAGCUGGGCCAUUUCUAUCCUGUUCUCACGGCUUACCUCAAGCUGUAUGACUACCUGACCAAAAAUGGUCUUUGCUUUGACAUCCGUGAACCCAAAUGGAAGUAGAGAAGAUGUGCUUCGUUAGCAAGGCUCUCUGUGAAUCUGAGGUCGCUUUGUUUCACCAGUGAAGCCCAAGCCAAGGUCUGUGGCUUGUUUGCCUGGGAUUCAACACUCAAAAGGUCUCAGGUCUGUGAGGAGUGGUUGCCCACGGAAGUACUUGUUCUCAGCAUGGCUCUGUUCCCAGAACCCAGGUCUACCUGCCAGGCUGCCUUUGCGUGGCAUUCAGCACCCAGGGGCAAGGCUGGUGCUUUCUGAGCACAGCUGUCUGCCCUUCGUCCCUAGGGGGCCUCAGCGAGAAUGAUGUCAGCAUCCCACUUGAUGGCUUCACAUUUGGCCAGUGUUGUGGGGCUGGCUCUUGGCUGAGGCAAAGGUACCCAUUUCCUGGUGAGAAGAACAGCUGGUGAUGUGAUGGGAACUCCGCUCCAGGUUUCUAGGAAGGACCUGCCACCGGCUGUGUAGGCUGGCCCACGGUCUUCCUUUCAGUUUGACAAGUUUUAUCUCCUGCACUUUGAAGAAAUGGAAGAAUUCUACAAGGAGUGUUUUCCACUGUGAAGCUGAAUCUGCCUUUGGAGCCCACUUCUGGCCUCAGGCUACAUUGCCCAAGGAGGGGGACACCUGAGGAGAGUCUGGGCACCAUACAUACUCACUCUGAAGACACAGGGCCACCAGGAAGGAUCAAAGCUGGGAUGUAUGUGAAGGGAAACCCUGUGAGAUGCCACCCCAGACGUUGCCACGUCAUGCUUGAAGAAGAACUCACAGGAAACUCCUUACCCCAUAAGCUGUGCCAAGCAUCUAGCUUCCUGGCCUUGGCAGCGGUCUGGCACUAUUGUGUCUGGAAUAUAUCUAGAGGAAGGCUUCUGGGGGGCAGAACCAAGAGACUGAGGCUCAGGCUAUGCCCUGGAGACAGGGCACAGGAGCUCCUGUCUCCAGGGCAGUGGGAGAUCGGGCGAGGAGGUCGCCCCUCCCUUUCACUGUGGCUAAUGUUUGCUAGGCCAGUUAUGGCGAACCAAUGAUGCAGGGUUUCCUCUUGUGUUCCCCUCCCAUCUCCCCUUUUUUGGGGCCUCCAGGGGGAUUUUAUGGCUGUGGUUGUUUUCCUUCCUGUCUCAUUUGGGUCCGAGGACGGCAGUCUAGAGAGCCCUGACUUUGACCAAAGGGAACCUGUGGUCUCUGAGCAGAUAUAGGCCUCAUGUGGAAGAGGAUGGUGCAUUUGAGUCUCCACUCCCAGAUGGGAAAAAUCUCUAGGCUUGGGGUUGGCAUCGGCAUCAAGGCUCACCAAGGUCCUACCCACCCAAGCCUCCCAUUAGGCACCUUGACUCUUUGAACCAAAGUUCCUUAAAGGGCAGAGCCCAGCCUUGUUCUUAGGAGCCUGAAUCUGCAGGCCGCCUGGAAGGAGGGCUCCUCCCACAACCCAGGUGUCUGCAGGCUCUCAGGACCCUUCUCCCACCCAGCAGGGCUCAAGCUUGUGACCUGAUGUAGGCUGGGUCUGGCCAGCUGGCAAAGAGCAAGAGUCAUGUGACAGGGCCUUCCAGACCCUAAGCAUCAGGAAACCAUUUUGUAGAACACCCUGGAGCAGAGAUAUUUUUUAAGAGGCAUGAGUUAUUUUCAGUUGUCUCCUGAUCCUGUCUUUUUCUUUUCCCCACAACUUCGUGUGGGUGAUCAGUUCACAUCAGGUAAAUCUUGAGAAAGCCUUGGUGCCCCCAUCCCUCCUGCCCCCCCUACUCAGUGACCACAUGUGUGCGCCCCCCAUCCUGUCUCAGUAGUAAAGACGUUCUAGGCAAUACCAUAGACACAUCCGUGUCUCGCUUCGAGUGCAAGAAACUCAAGUCAUCUUUAAAAAAAAUUAAAAACACAAAAAAAUUUACAAAAAAAGCAAACACACACACAAAAAAAUAUCUUUUUUAGGCCAGAGUUUUCUACAGGUAUUAAUGAGUAUUUUUCUUAAUCCUUAUAAGUUUUAUGUGUUUAAUAUUUCUUAAUACCAGUAGCAUUAAUUUAUACUUUUGUAGCAACAUAAUAUUUUUAUAAACAGCCAGUGCUUGGCUCAACUCUUCACGGGGGUUUAUGCAGGGCUAUCUUAGGGACCCUGUGUACCAUGUACUGUAUUUUAAAAAAAAAAGUUACCUAGUGUCACAUGUUGUCGGUGGCCUCCUGUAUCAAUGGUGUGGGUACAGCAGCCCUUCAAGGAGCCACAUUGCAUGGGGGUUGAGUCGCCAGUUCUUGUGAUAAACUCCCAAGGCCAAACUUGUGGGUUUAUUUAGGGUUUUCUGUGUGCCCUUUGGGGUGUUUUGUUUUUGGUUUGGAUACCAUUUCUCCAUUUUACAGCUAAAUUGGUUUCAUGAUGUUUAAAAAUUUACUGAUGUUAAAUGGAGGAAAGGAACAGAAAAAUAAAAAAAGAUUUUUACAAAGUAAUAAAAUUUAAAACUGAGCUGUUUCAAUGUUGCUGUUUUUACCUGUCUUGUUCUUGUUCAAAAGUGGAAUGCUCCAAUGGAGAAGAGGAAGGUUCCACUGGGUUCCUUAAGUCACCAAAAGCCCCAGCCCAAGAUUCGGUUCCUCCCCGACCCCCAAACCAUUUCCCAGUUGGUUGUUGCCAAGGCAAAAAGAGAUCCUUCCAACAACUAGAGGAUCAGUCGUCUAAGUGCGUUCACAAGUUCAUGUCAGUGCUGUAUUCAUGGUUUUACAAUAAAACAACCUUUAGGAA